CCGCCGAUAUAUAAGGCUACAGUCGCUGGUACAGAGCAUCAUACAACCACGAGACCUCCGUGAGACAACAUGAAAGCGUUCUUGGUAUUGGCUGCCGUAGCGGCGCUCGGCUCAGCGAGACCUGAAGCGGGAUACAGUUACAAUGCUCCCAGCGGUGGAGGCGGUGGCCUAGGUCACGGAGGAAUCGGCGGCGGCAUCGGCGGCGGAAUCGGUGGGGGCCAUGGUGGCUUCUCGUCCGGAGGCGGUGGCUUCUCAUCCGGAAGUCUGAGCUCCAGCAGUUUCGGAAUCAGCGGCGGCGCCGUCAGCGGUGGAUUCUCAUCAGGUGGAUUCUCAUCCGGAGGUGGAUUCUCGUCCGGCGGUUUCGGUUCCGGCGGCGGCGGCGGUUUCGGAGGCGGCUUCGGAGGCGCUCCCAUCGUCCAGAAACACAUCUACGUCCAUGUCCCACCCCCAGAACCUGAAGAACAACGCCCACAAGUGAUCGGAGGUGGUGGCGUGCCCCAGAAGCACUACAAGAUCAUCUUCAUCAAGGCGCCAGCUCCUCCCGCACCAGUUGCGCCCAUCAUCCCCGCCCAGGCCCAAAACGAAGAGAAGACCCUCGUCUACGUGUUGGUCAAGAAACCCGACGAACAGCCCGACAUCACCAUCCCCACCGCCGCUCCCACUCAACCCUCCAAACCCGAGGUUUACUUCAUCAAAUACAAGACCCAGAAGGAGUCUGGUGGCGCUAUUGGUGGUGGUAUCUCUGGCGGCUCAAUCGGCGGUGGUAUCUCUGGUGGAUCUAUCGGCGGUGGUAUUGCUAGCGGUUCUAUCGGCGGUGGUAUCUCCAGUGGUAGCAUCGGAAUUGGAGGAGGCAGCAUCAGCGGCGGAAGCUCAUCCGGCGUCAGCUCGUCCUACGGCCCCCCUGGUCAAUCUGGCCCAUAUUAAACAGCGCAAGAAGCGCGCAAACUUGUGAUAACUGCUCAGCCGGCGAAAUCUAGUGUUAAGUAGAGAAAAAAUUACGGUGCCUAAAUGUAUUUAUGUAAAUAGUAAUUUUAAUUUUUUU